AAUGAUGUUUAUUUAUGGUGUCUGUUUUUGUUCAAAAAUAAGUUGUUAAAUUAGUUACUUUAUUUGGCGUAUCUAGACUUCUGUGAUUAAACCUGUGAACAGACGUCGCGAGUAUAUGUCGUCACUCGAGCGCCGACGUUUUGGCGGGAUUUCAUACAAAUUUGAAAAUCCUUCCUUCCGGAAUCCUGACGAAUUUUCGGACCAGCGGAGCGAGUGGGCAAAUAUUCACCGUCGAUGGACGAUAUUGCGGUGAACAGGACAGCGAAUAUUAAAGGGAUGUCGUGGGACUUUUUUGUGCCAGUGUGCGUGGGCGACCUGCUCAAGACCGGGGGAAUAAACCAGUACGUCGUGCAAGAUGUGGUCUCCCCAAAACAGCUACCGUCCCAUCUUAACAGAUUCAAGACUGCAUUGAGAAGCCAAGGUCCUUUAUGUAUCUUGGAACACUUUGACACAGCCUACAGUGUACUACAGCACACCACCUCUGUGGAUCUCGGUGUGAAAGAGGACACUCUGGAAUUGCUGGUGCAAGUUGUUAGCAGUCUGUCUACCUCCCUGCCCUCGUUGCUUAUCUCUGCUGCAGUCUCUGCAGCAGAGCGAAAAGAGAAGCUCAAUGCUGUUAAAAUGAGCGUCUUCUUGCUCUGCAAAAUCACAGAGUGUCUUGAAAGUGACUCUUACAGGCACAGCUUCAUCACGGCGCCUGGCAAAGGUGGCAAAAAGGCAAAAACAAGUGAAGGAUUCCAGCAGUGGGAAAGCGUGAGGGAGAGAGUUCUUCAGGCCCUUGUGCAGCUCCUCCAGUUAGAUAUCCGUUCCCUCUGGAAUCUUUCCCUCAUAGAGGAAGAGUUCACCAGCUGUGUGACUUGCUGUUGCUACAAGCUACUUGAGAACCCCACCAUAAGCCACGUAAAGAGCAAACCCACCAGAGAUGGCAUAAUCCAUCUGCUUGGGUUGCUGAUCAAGAAGUACAAUCACCUCCUAGGUGCAAGUCUAAAAGUGAUCCAGCUGCUGCAACACUUCGAGCAAUUGUCAUCGGUGUUUGCUCAGGCUGUGUCUGUGUGGAGCACCGAAUAUGGAGUCAGAGCCAUAAUAGGUGAAGUAAUGAGAGAGAUUGGCCAGAAGUCAACUGAGGAGCUUGCCAGGGAGGGGUCAGGAGUCAAAGCAUUUUCAUCUUUCCUGUCUGAACUCAGUGCUCUGGUCCCAGAGUUGCUGAUCCCCAACAUCAGUGUGCUUAUCACACACCUGGAAGGAGAGAGUCACACGAUGCGUGUCGCUGUGUGCGAGGUACUGGGUGACAUCCUAGUGCGUGUCCUGUGUGGAGAUGGACUGGAAGAGUCCAGCAAAGCUGACCGCGACCGCUUCUUUGAUACCCUGCAGGAGCAUCUGCAUGACACGCACUCUCACGUCAGGUCGCGCGUAUUGCAGGUGUACACGCGCAUUGUCAACAGCAAAGCCCUGCCACUGUGUCGGUACAGUGAGGUGAUGGGCCUCGCCAUCGACAGACUGAUAGACAAAUCUAUAAAUGUGGUGAAGAGUGCCAUCCAGCUGCUGGCAGCCUUUAUUGCGCACAACCCCUACAGCUGCAAGUUGAGCAGCACAGACCUCGAAAAAACUCUGGAGAAAGAGACGACUAAAUUGAGAGAGAUGAAAGCAAAGCUGCACGGGAGCGCACCAGUGAUUAAAGCGUCAGAGCUAUGGGCCGCUAUGGAGCCUGAAUUGCGUGUCACUGUCGGCACAGAGCUGGAGUGCUUGGGUGAUUCUGAAAAGGACCAACAGGAGAAGGAGGAGGAGGCAGAUGUGGAUGACGGAAAAGAGAUAGAGGAUGGCAGGGCCACAGCAGUGAUGAUUGCUCAGUACCUCCGGGUCAACAAGUACAGGAAUGCUGUGCGUCUCUGUAUUAAAGCCCACAGCCGCUUCCCUGAAUCAGGCAUGUUUUCUUCCCUGUCCACUCUCACUCAAGAGACUCUAAUGGACACACUGGCCCUUCUCUUCAAAGGCUCUGAUGAGGAUACCUCUGAGAAAAGUCAGAAUUUGCCCCCCACUCCCCCGAAAGGAGAAGAUAAAGAGGCAGUGGAUGCGGAGCUGAAGAAGCAAGAAAGGUUGGUGCAGUACCUCAGAGAAACAGAAACCUUCGCCCUUCAAGUGGAGAGAGCCAUCUCCGUCAUUAACUCCAUGCUCUACCGGAAAACCACUUCAGUGGUUCAGGAGGCGGUGGAGUUUUGUGUCACAGUAUGCGAGUUCAGCGUAGCCAACUCUCUUAGUGGCGUGAGGAAGAUGUUGCCUCUGGUUUGGUCAACUGACUCUGCCAUCAAAGAUGCUGUUGUCCAGGCCUACAGGCGCCUCUAUCUCAACCCCCAAGGAGACACCAACAGGAUGAAAGCUCAGACUCUUGUGGACAGUCUGUCUGAAUUGAUGAUAGACGCAUCCCUAGGAACAAUACAAUGUCUUGAGGAAAUAGUGCAGGAGUUCUUCGGCAGUGGCAAUAGUCUGCAGUCCACUGUGGUGCAGGUUCUGUGGGGGAGGUUUACUGGCAAAACUGAAACCUCUGUUUUGUACAAGCGAGCUGCUGUGCUCCUACUGGGCAUGGCUGCACGGGCAGAAAGGGAGGUCGUCCUCAGCAAUCUGGACACUCUCUGUUCUGUGGCUUUGGGAGAAAAAGUGACUGAGGACUUUCUUCUAGCGAGAGACACCGUGAUCACCAUCUGCAACAUCACUGACCAUGUUAGGCAAUCAAGAGGCGCCCCAUUCAGACUCCCUCAAGAACAUCAGCUCUUCACUCGCCUCACACAUGCAAUUGCUGAGGGUGCCGUGAUGGAGUACCCUCACUGGGAGAGCUUCAUGGAGCAGGCCGUCCGUCUCACCUACUUAUUGGCCGAAUCGCCUGACCAGCUAUGCUCCCGGCUGCUCCAACGCACUGCUCGACUCCUACUAGAUAAAAUUGCCGAAGGCAGUGAGGUUAAUAAGGAUGUCGCUCAAACACAAGAGGGAUCUCAAGAGUCCAAUGAACAAGGUGAACCACAAUUCUUGUCUUGCCAGUGCUUAUUUUUCCACAUGCUGUUGUGUCACGUUUUCACCUCUCUUGCAGUGAACUGUGUGUGCCUGGCUCAGCUGCUGGCCCUGUGUGGCAGAGUGGCUUUCUGGCAGGUGUCUCACCUCGAGCGCAGCGUGAGCAGUGAGUUGCGAAGGCGAAGAGGAGAGACUGAACAGAGGGAGGAGAAGGAAAAGGGUCCGUCCAGCAAAGCGAAACUCACAGCCAAUGAGAGCACAAUGGAGGAGGAGCUCGGCUUGGUUGGCGCCUCUGCAGAAGACACAGAAGCUGAACUCAUCAGGAAGAUCUGCGAGACGGAAUUAUUGGCCGAGGAGAACCUGCUGAAUGCAUUCCUUCCCUUGCUGGUGAAAAUAUGCAGCUCCCCUGGACACUAUUCCCACCCUCAGCUCACCACGGCUGCCUGUCUGGCCCUCUCACAGUACAUGAUGAUUAGUCCAUCAGUUUGCCAGGAGAAUGCCCGUUUAAUGUUUACGGUGCUGGAGCGCUCUGCUCUUCCUGUUGUUAGGGCAAAUGCCAUCAUUGCCCUGGGAGACCUCACUGUCCGCUUCCCCAACAUAUUGGAGCCCUGGACCCAGAAUUUAUAUGCCAGGCUCAGUGAUGAGGUCUCCUCUGUGAGGCAGAUGGCCGUGACAGUGCUGACUCAAUUGGUGCUUAAGGAUGUGCUAAAGGUCAAAGGACAAGUCAGCGAGGUGGCCGCCCUGCUAAUUGACCCCGAGCCUCACAUCACAAGCCUGGCCCUGAACUUCUUUAAUGAGCUGGCGUCCAAGGACAAUGCAAUUUACAACCUGCUCCCGGACAUCAUCAGCCGUCUGUCUGACCCAGAGAGAGGCAUGAGCUCAGAGGACUUCAACACCAUCAUGAAGCAGCUCUUCUCCUACAUCACUAAGGAGAGGCAGACUGAGUCUCUGGUGGAGAAACUGUGUCAGCGUUUCAGGACUGCCAGGACAGAGCGUCAGUGGUGCGACUUGGCCAUCUCUCUGUCCCUGCUAUCUAUGUGUGAGCGAGGCUUCAAGAGGCUGCAGGAAUGCUGGGAAUGCUACAGCGAUAAGCUGACUGAGCCUGGUGUCUACCAACCUCUGGUCGCCAUCACUACCAAACUGCGCCGUGGAGCCAAGCUCCAAUUCAAGAGCCAAGUGGAUGACUUUGAGAAGCGACUAACUGCGGUCCACACGCGAGGCCUGGAGAACGUGGAGAGCCCUGAGAUGGAUGAAGAAAAUCAAAAAGAGGGACAAGCCACUCACGAGUCGGUCACGGGGAUGCCUGCUAGAGCCCGGGCCAAGUCUAAGAGAGGUCAAUCGAAGCCGUCAGUUUCCAGCCGCAGUGACGACAGUUUUGUGACGCCUCAGAAAACUCGCAAGUCCAAGAAACCCGUCAUCACCUUCAGCAGUGACGAAGAGGAGGCAGAAGAGGAUGCUGUGUUGACAGAGAGCGAGACGCCUAAAGUCACCACACCGAUUGCCCGCACGUCUCGACGAGCUCGCCUCAGAAACUAAUUUUUUUAAAACUCUUUUUAAAUCUUUUGUCUGUCCAAUUUUUAAAUAUUUUACUAGUUGUAUCCCUCUGUAUUUACUUGUUUUAUCCUUAAUAAAAACAGUGUAUAUUUUUGUAA